AUGCCUCCGACAUUGAGACAUUCUGUAUGUUGGGCAUUACGAAGUCAACUUAGCCGCCCUUCAUCACCACCCUUCCUUUCCGCGCCCUCUUUGGCUUCUCGUAUACAGCCUGCCAAUAGCGCGACAAUUUCAACGGCGACUAAGAUGAAUUCAGUGUUGAGACUCGAAAACGAGCCUCAUGCCUACACGAGCGGCCGGUGGGUCUUCAUCUUCACCCUAGACAACGCCAAGAUAAUCAUAGUGAAGCUCCUAUUUCGCCUGGCAGGGCCUGCGAAGCUAACCACUCUUUCUGAAGUCGCUACAAUUCUUGACUAUAAUCAUGACGCAAGGGAUGGGACAAAUACCGUCGGCAGCGAGUAUAUAAUUAUGGAGCAUGCAACUCGCGUUCCACUACGCGAGAAAUGGUAUGAAAUGGCUGGUGACCGGCAAGUUAGAUGUAUAGAUGCAAUCUACCGGACUAUGAGGGAAAUCGUCGAUUUGGAAUUCCUAGCGUUUGGGAGCAUUUACUUCGAUGAUACUCUUGAUUCUGCCAGUAAACAUCUCUUAGGUGAUGGCUUCUGUAUUGGGCCACACUGCGCUACUAGAUACUGGGGCACUGGUGCUGGGAAAAGAAGGUACUAUUAUCACGCGAAAGCAAAUCAGGGGCCAUGGCUAAGCAUUGACCAAUAUUGUGAGGGUUUUAUUGACGCUGGUCUGUCACGAGUACCUCCAGUGGACACUGAACCCGAGAGGAAGCCGAUCUACCAUGGAUUGUCUAAAACGCAUUUGGCUCUACUAGAGCGUACCUGCUCUGUGCUAAAGCGAAUGGCUAUAGAUACUCGAAUCAGCAAUUCCGCCACACCCUUAUUAUUCUAUCCCGACUUGCACAUGAGGAAUAUAUUCGUGUUAGAAGAUGAUUUUUCUACUAUUACUACGUUCUGGUACUUUAAUGAGGUUCCGGACCUUGCUACGGGAAGUAAGAAAGAUAGUACAGUAGCUUUGCGUCAUAAGCAGCUGCGAACUAAUUUGUCCGGCCUACUAAAUAUAGCAUCAGCCGGAUGGGAACUCUUUGAUGCGAUAUUAGAGGCUGUUUUAACAAACGCUAAUCCAGACGGUGAGGAGCCGGUAAAAGACGAGAAGGCUUUAAGGUCAAUCUGGCCAUUUGACAUUGAUUAA